AUGUGGACAACGACGGCUUCCGCCACAGUUGGCUCUGAUUUUAAGGACGAUGUCCCUCCUAUCGAGGCGGGAGUCCGAGGAUCAGGUGUGGCUAGUGGUAAAGUUGUCUCCCAUCAUCGGUCUACUACUGUGGAUUCCGACCUCGAGGAGGAUGGCGGUGGUAGUUCUAUCAGUCGACGGUUGCGUCGGAAGAGCAACAUUGAUCCUCUAUUUUCUAAGUCGCCUAUUGUUAUCGAGAUUGCCGAUAUUGAUGACCCGCAAGCGGUGGAAACAGCGGGUUUGCGUCGGCCGGGGGAGCCAGGCAUUAUGGGUGCUUACUCCGUACCUCCCUCUGUUCCCGGUGAUGCCCUGUCGGUGGCCGCGUGUAUGGCUGCUGGUGUAGAGAAGGGAAAGCAGGUGGCACGCAUGUGGUCGGCUGGUAAUAGCCCUGGAUCGUCUGAUCCGGACGCUAUGGCACAAUCUAUUGAUGAAAUGCAUGAUAUCGUCAGAGCUUUUGCUGAGACAGAUUUCGCUUCCUACCUCUGUUUGGGUGAGCUCGACCUGGUUGAUCUUUUCCAAUUGUGCUCUGAAGAGGAGGAACGCAUUCCAGACGGUGGCGUUGGCGGUACUGCUUCGACUCAACCUCGCCAGGGUUAA